AUGGACGCCACUGUGAGCCCCAUUGUCUCCACUGGAACCCCCGCACCUCCCCACCCGUCGGACCGUAUCAAGAAUGCAGCAGACAUCUCUGUCAUUGUCAUCUACUUCCUGGUGGUCUUGGCUGUGGGGAUAUGGGCCAUGCUGAGGACCAGUAGAUCAUCAGUGGGAGGCUUCUUCCUGGCUGGCCGGGACAUGGUGUGGUGGCCAAUUGGCGCUUCUCUCUUUGCCAGUAAUAUUGGCAGUAGCAGUUUUGUAGGAUUGGGUGGGACAGGGGCAGCCUCAGGAAUCGGUGUUACACUGAUUGAGACAAAUGGUUUGCUAUUGAUUCAGGUCCUAGGCUGGCUGUUUGUACCCAUUUACAUCAAGGCUGGGGUGGUGACCAUGCCCGAGUACCUGAUGAAGAGAUUUGGAGGGAAGCGGCUUCAGAUCUAUUUCUCCCUCCUUUCACUGUUCUCCUGUGUGGCCAUGAAGAUCUCAUCAGACAUGUUCUCAGGAGCCAUAUUCAUCAAUCUGGCCCUUGGGCUGAACAUUUACCUGGCCAUCCUCCUCCUAUUGGCCAUCACGGCAUUCUUCACCAUUACAGGUGGCCUGGCCUCUGUGAUUUACACUGAUGCUCUGCAGACAGUCAUUAUGCUGAUUGGUUCUUUCAUCCUUACUGGCUAUGCUUUUGCUGAAGUGGGAGGGUACGAGGCCUUCACUGAGAAGUACAUGAAAGCCAUCCCAUCUGUCAUCACAGACGGAAAUGUAACUCUGAACCCAGAAUGCUACACGCCCAAAGCAGACUCCUUCCACCUCUUCCAGGAUCCCAUCACUGGCGAACUCCCAUGGCCAGGAAUUAUCAUUGGAAUGAACCUUGUUUCUAUUUGGUACUGGUGUGCUGACCAGGUAAUGGUUCAGAGGUGUCUCUCAGGGAAGAACCUGUCCCAUGUGAAGGCUGGUUGCAUCCUGUGUGGCUACCUGAAGCUACUGCCUCUCUUCCUCAUGGUGAUGCCUGGUAUGAUCAGCCGCAUUCUGUAUCCAGAUGAGGUCGCCUGUGUUGUGCCUUCAGAAUGUGAGAAAUACUGUGGUGUCAGUGUGGGCUGCAGUAACAUUGCCUAUCCAAAGCUGGUAUUGGAGCUCAUGCCAAAUGGACUUCGGGGUCUGAUGAUGUCUGCCAUGUUGGCAUCGCUCAUGAGCUCCCUCACCUCCAUCUUCAAUAGUGCCAGCACACUGUUCACCAUAGACAUCUAUACCAAAAUCCGAAAGCAAGCAUCGGAGAGAGAGCUCUUGAUAGCAGGAAGGGUGUUCGUCAUCGUCCUGAUUGCCCUCAGCAUUGCUUGGAUCCCAGUAGUCCAGGCGGGUCAAAAUGGUGAACUUGUCCAGUAUGUAGCAUCCAUAUCAACCUACAUUGGGUCCCCCAUUUCAGCCGUGUUCCUGCUUGCCAUCUUCUGCAAGAGAGUUAAUGAGCAGGGGGCCUUCUGGGGACUGGUGUUUGGAUUUGCGGUUGGCUUGACUCGUAUGAUUGCUGAGUUUGCCUAUGGGACAGGCACCUGCAUGGAGUCCAGCAAGUGUCCCAGUAUAAUCUGUGGAUGGCAUUACUCCUAUUUUGCCAUAGCCCUCUUCAUGAUGACAGUCUUGAUUAUUCUCGGCAUCUCUCUGAUGACAAAACCUAUUCCUGAUGUACAUCUAUACCGCCUUUGCUGGGCUCUCCGCAAUAGCCAGGAAGAACGCAUUGAUCUGAACCCUGAGCAGUAUGGGCAGCAGGAAGCUGGAGAGCAGGUGGAAGAAGCUGACCCUGAGGAAAAACCAGGGUGUUUCAAGAGGGCCUGGAAUUUAUUAUGUGGGCUGGAACCAAAGAAAGGCCCUAAGCUGACAGAGGAGGAGGAAGCUGCCCUGAAGAAGAAGUUGACAGACACAUCCGAAAAACCCUUCUGGAGGAACGUGGUCAAUGUUAACGUCAUCCUGCUCUUGACUAUGUAUGUCUUCUACCACGGUUAUUUUGCCUGA